AUGGAUAAACGACUUUACUCUGAAAAAGAGCUGCAGCCUGACAUUCAGGCUGAUAGUGCAAGAAGAAGCAAACCAGAAAAUGAUACAGCUGCCUCUUCCCCCGGGAUGAAUUUUUCAUCAGUUAUAUUACCAAGCAAAAACAAUUUUUUUCGCACUUCACAUUUCUGCAUAAGUGAUCGUGUAACUGAAGAUUUCAUGUCCCGAAGGCAUUAUACCAAUACUUCCAAAUGCUUCCACUUAAAACACAAAGCAGUUUUAUUUACACCUCCCAUUUUUGAUUGCACUAAAGCCAUUGUGGAGGAGGAAAAGCUAGACACCUGCUCUCCUGCUUUUGUCUUCUACCAAUUGUCCUUCCUGAGAGCUUCCAUUAACGGGAAGAAAUAUCAACUCUUUCUCUCCCCUCCUUUAUCUGACCUUGUGGUGGGACACAAAGAGAGGAUUAAGGCUAGCAAAUCUCAGAAAUGUUUAGGACAGGAAGUCACGGAUUCAGAAGUUUACUUAGACCAGGCAAUUAACACAAACGAGCUAAGUGGCCCAGAGUACCAUCAAAUGGAACAGCGCUCACAGUCCCCCUUGCACCCCCCACUCCCGCUAUUCACCGCCCCCACCCUUUUCCCACCUCUUCCUCGCCCGCCUCGGGCCUAUCUCGGCGCUCAUUGGACCAGAGAGUCUCAGUCGCCCUCCCUCGCCGGUGGGCACUGCCUGCAGAGCCCGCAAGGGCGCUCGCUCUUACCCUUUCUCUCCCAGAAGUGCCCCAUCGCGCCGUCCAGGAGGAGGCAUCCACGCGAGCCCGGGAGGUCCGGGCUCCGCUGGCCCAGCGCCGGGGGCGGACGAACCCGGCGGCGCCGCUGCUGUGCGCUCAGGUUCGGGGAGCUGGGCCUGGCCCGCUCCGCCCGCGCCAGCCCGGACCGGACACGUGGUGCCUUCGUCUCCCGAGCUCUCAGGUCUUGGCUGAGGGCCUUUGGCCUCUGCAGCCGCCAGGCCGCGGCCAGGGCUGCGAACCGAGUCGGGAGAAGGGCGGGAAUCAAAGGGCCCGUAGGUAAGGCUGAAGGAAACCUCAUCAUUGGGAAGGAAACCGUUGGAAUUUGUGAGUCCAAAUGCAAAACUAAUUCAUCAGCCCCAUUACCUGCUUUCCUGGGAAGGAGUCUUUCCCUGAGAAAACCUGCUGUUGGGUUCUGUGACAUUUCCUUGCUUUCACUUGCAGAAGUUUUGAAACUACAGAUGUUCACCUGAUGAUCAGCAGACACCCCUGUUCUGGACUUAGG